AUGCAGCUCGUUUACGCUUUCGUGGAGCUCGACCGAGAAAACGACGGCAUGCGCAUCGUCCAUGGCUCCAACUACUACCGCGAAUUAAUCGCCUUGUUGCUUCGGAAGUUCCCCGAGUUCCGGCACUCGCAGCCGGCCGUCAAGUCGAAGCUCAUCCGCAUGAAGAACAAAUACUACCGGUUACAGAACCGGCUGGACCGGUCAGCCGUCUGCCGUCCAGCAGCAGCACCAGCAGUACCGAAGCGAGAGAGAGGACGAGGCGACUCAAGUGAAGACGAUUUGAACCCACUUGACGGUUCUCUCGACGACGCUGAAGCGUAUUCGUUUCCGGCUCUCCCAACCCUGCCCACUGCAGCAAACGCGAGAACACUGCAGUAUCCUUCCCCAGCUCUCUCAACCCUGCCCACUGUAGCAGUUACGGAAGCACAGCAGUAUGUCUCUCCCCCUCCCCGAUUUGCCCGAGAGGUUUCCGCACUGUACACCCCGACUGCAGCUGCUGCGUUGCCACUUAAAGCCGGAGCUGCAUCAGCACCUGGGGCGACUGGGGCGUCAGCAGCUGUUGGGCAAGCUGUUGCUGCAGCGACUGCUGCUGGGGCAUUGGCAUUGGCAGUGCUCGACGACAGGCUGACGUCACCUGCUUCGGCCGGAGGUGAUCAGCUGACGUCACCAGCUUCUGCUGAGGAUGAUAGGCUGGCGUCCCCGCCUUCUGCUCGAGAUGGCAUGCGAAUGUCUCCCCCCAUUACCAGAGGGGGGAGGAGGAUGGCAGCAGGGUUGGGACCCACAGGGUGGAGGAGGGGCAGGUGGGGAUCAGGGUGGCGAGAGAGAGAGGGGUUUGCAGUCAAUCCCGGGGUGCGUUCGCACUUGAGUGCACGUCGCACGGCCGGCAGGACAGGCCUGAUCGCUGCUGAAGGGCUGGGUGAUGUGAUGGACGAGGCGGUUGAGAAUGCGUUUGCGGAUUUCGAGGGGCUUACUCAGGAGUGGGUGGAGAGAGCGUGUGGUGAGUUUGAGGGGAUGGUGGCUGAUAUGGCAGAGAGGGCGUGCUUGCAGUUCAGGAGUGCUGCGAGGGAGUUUUCUGAGUCGUGGAAAGCCGGGCAGGAUUUCAAGAGGCGGAGGAGAUUUUGA